AUGGCUACGAUACUUGUUUACAAGUAUUUCUCCAAGAAGGACACGGAUGUCUCUCCCACGGAAUCAGCAGAGGGUCAGCCUGAGGCCCAAGCAUCUGGCGACUCUAGCCGCUCCGACAGUCGUAGAUGGAUGCUACGCCUCAGUAUCGCGCUGUUUAUUCCGGUUUUUUUCGAGACUCUUGACUAUACAGUCGUCGCCACUGCCCAGACUCACAUAGCCUCUGCUUUUGAUCAACUCAGUCUGCAGAGUUGGAUCGGCACGGCGUACCUGCUAACGUCUACGGUGUUCCUGCCCCUCUUCGCGUCUAUCGUAGAAAUUUGGGGCCGACAUACGACCCUUCAUCUAUCCCUGCUCAUCUUCAUGAUAGGAAGCGCAAUUAGCACCGGUAGCAACAACAUGAUCACGAUGCUUGUUGGUCGGGGCGUCGCUGGAGUUGGCGCUGCAGGCUUACAAUCAGUUGUCAAAAUCCUCAUGUCCGAUUCUAGUUCUCUGGAUGCGAACAACCUGCAGCGGUCGUUGGUGUUCCUGCUGUUUGCAGUGGGAUAUUGCGUUGGUCCAUUCAUCGGAGGCGUACUAUUGAACAUAUCAUAUCGGUGGAUUUUUGCCAUAAACCUACCUGCUUGCGUGGUCGGGAUGGCAAUUGCCUUCAUCGUCCUUCGCAACCGCACGAAGGGGCCCCAGGGCCGGCGUGGGCUUCCUGUUCCUGCUGAUGAGACCUUUAUCCAAAAACUCCUCCAGGUUGAUUGGAUUGGCGCAAUAUUAUUCCUGACGGGCGGCAUCCUGGUUAUUCUAGCUCUGAACUGGGGCACUAUUUACGGCUGGAGCUCCGCCCGUGUGGUUGUCUGCUUUGUUGUCGGCGGCCUACUCUACGUCGCAUUCGUGUUUUUCGAGUGGUUCCUUGAGCGUCAUGUGGCGCUAGCGUUCUCCUCGCAAACGCCUACUCUCCUCCCCGACCCGAUGCUCCCGCUGGAAGUGUUCCGCUCCCUCGAUAUCUGCUUGAUAGAAGCAUCCGUGUUUGUUUCUGGCAUGGUCAUGAUGGUCAUUUUUUACUCCAUCUCUACGUUCAUGACAAUUGUCGCUGGUGUCUCGGCUUCGAAGGCAGGGGCGCAGUUGAUCUUUUUCGCGCCUGGUAUGGGCGCUGGCUCCAUCACGCAGAUUCUGUGGAUAAAGCGCUUCAGGCAGCCCAAGGUUCCGAUUGUUCUUGGGGGAGCAAUCAUAGCCGUUGCGCUGGGCCUACUUUCGAUGGCCCUCGAGCAGAGCAACGAAAGCAUGAUCGAUGGGUUCAUGGUUUUGACAGGUGUCGGUGUAGGGUUAUCGGCCGGCUCUCUGGCCGUCCACGCGCGAUUCACACUGCCAGAUGACAAGGUCGCCGUCGUCUCCACACUAUCUCUCUUCUUCCGCGCGUUCGGCGGCACUAUCGGGCUUGCCCAGUGUGGUGCGGUUCUCAACGCAAAAGUGAAAUCCUACCUUGGAGACCUUAUCGCGUCCGGCACGAUAUCGGGCACAUACGCAGGUCAGCUGGCUCAGCCCGCGACCUCGCUCACUUCGCUCCAGAGCAUCGAUGGACUGCCCAUCGAGCUGCAAUUGUACGUAAGAGAAGCCUUCCGGGUUGGCACGCGCUGGGCCUUCAUCUCGCUCGUACCAUGGGCUGCGCUCGCCUGUAUUGGAACGCUGUUCCUCAGCAAAAUCCGGGACACGGACCGCGAACCGGAGGCUCCGGAGGUCAUAGUCGUGGAGGAGUCCCAACAGAAAGAGUCGCCGCAGAAGGAGGAAAUCUAA